AUGGAGUGGUACGAGGCGAUCCAGGAUGCCGCCGAGGUACCAAUGGGGACUCAAGAUAUGGAGCUUCUGCAAGGAAUUGUUCCUGAUACUGGAAUCGACAUUUUUGGUCAAUUAAUGACGGGUCAGAAUAACUUCGUGCCAAAUUCAAUGCUUGGAAUGCCAGAUGGAUCAGGUUUUCAGAAUAAUCAGUCACUACAGCAAAACGCAUCAAGACUAAUGCCGCAAGCUGGUAUGCAAGGUUUGACGACCGGCAACAUUCAAGCGGGAAUGCAGCCAAACAUCCAGACUGGGCUGCACACUGGAAUGCAAACUGGCUUUAUGGGCGGUAUCGGAUCAGGGGUGGUUGCAAACAGAGCUCCUAUGCAAAUGCCACAGGGAGCAGUCAAUCAAGGCGGCAUGAACGCUGGAUUCGUGUCACAAUCUCAAGCCACAAAGCGUGAAGCUCCUGAUAACAUUCCUGAUGAGAAACCUGCUAAGAAAGCUCCCAAACGGCGUGAGAAGACCAAGGAACUGAUGUCUGAAUUGCAAACUCUGAUUCCUUCGGUCGAAUCUGUGCAGGAGAGUCUGACCAUGAAUACUGUGCUUGAAGAAGCUAUUGAACAUCUGAAAGAACAACAGAAAAAUUCAACACAAUUAAUGUUGAGGCCGAAAGAUGGAGAUUCAUCUGGUCCGGGAGCUGGCGGACUUGCGAAGGCUUUCGGUCCAUCAGGAUCUGGGACCAGAGACGGCUUCAAUCUCAUCCAAGGAAGCUCCGACGAUUCCAUGGGAGGCUUGGAAGCUGCAGUCGUUCCUUCGCAAAACCCAGCUGCUCAAACUCCAGCAGCCCUUGCAAUGGAGAAGAAAAGUUCUUCUACGGCAGAACAACUGCAAUUGGGCAGGAUGCCAGAUCAAGAAUUCAAAUAUUUCCGUCUAAAAAUGGGAGUUGAUCUUGUGCAAGACUCGCUCAGUCUCUUGUGUCUCGCCAGACAGGGUCUGUCACAGCAAGAGCUCGAAGAUUUGUUGCAGAUCAAAGAGAGGGGGCUUGAGACACAAUGGAUUGAUUUAGCCGAUGCUUUAAAUGCGGAUCUUGCUGUUAGAAGCCAGGGACUUCUGGGCUUUGUGUAUAGCGCGUUCAGGCUUGCUGUAGAGCGCAGAUAUCUCCGAAAUCCUGAGGAUAGAAGGAAGAUUCAGCUCAGAUUGGCCGAAUACUUCGAGAAAAAGCACGGAUCAGAUGCACAGAGAGCUGCGAACGAGCUGCCAUAUGCUUUGGAGAGUGUUGGAGAGUGGUCAAGACUGCGAGAAUGCUUAUCAAGCUCUUUGGACCUCCUUUAUCAGCUAUACAACGACAAGGAUAAGGGCGAUCUUUUGCGAUUCUGGCGAAAAGGUGGUGAUGUUGAAACUAGUGGAUAUGAAGCAGCGUCACAGCUUUAUGCACAACGUCUCAAGCGUUUUGAAGAAGAAGGAAUGGCACCUCAGAUCCUAUGGCAAAGCUGCCUCAUCACUGCUCGCUUCCUUGGGGAUGCCGGACAAUUCAAAGAGGCAGAAAACAUCCUUGGAAAGGCUAGAGAUCUUUCAAAGGAGCUCGGUGGAGGCGACAAGUUCGUGGCUGAAGUGUCUCUACGGUGUGCAGAGCUUCUCAACAAGUGGGCUGCUUCUAGCCCAGAAUACAGUCCGGAGAUGAUGGUGAGGAGUGCUUUCUACGCAAAGGAAGCGGCAGAUUUGUUCGCUUACAUGACGGACGACGCUUCAAAGGAGGACUAUGGGACCUCUCUCUAUUGGAUGGGUUUGAAUUUUGGGACUCUUUGCCGAAUAGGCGGAGGUGGAAGUUGGUCUGCACAAAGAGCACACGAGAUAGCCGAGCAGGCUCUAGGAAAAUGUUUUGCCGUUCGUCAGGAGAUGGGUGCUUCUCAGGGUAAGAUCACGGAAGUUCUGUUCGGGCAGGGAGUCCUUGCUUUCUGCAAAGCGGAGGCUAUGGCAAGCGGGCACAUCAGCCCUUCCUCGCCGGAGAAAGCCGAGGAGGAGACAAAGGAACUACAGGAGGAGGCACUGCAGAUUUUCAAUCAGUGCUACUCUCAAUUUUCGGAGAUAUUUGCAGAGAACCAUCUGGAGGCUAUCAAGUGUAUCACCAUGAUCGGUCUGGUGUGUCGAAGGCUAGAGAGAAUUACGGACGCUCUUGAGUGGUGCCGCAAGGAGGUCAAAGUCAGAGAAGAGGUGCAAGGGGAGCUUCAUCCUCGAACUCAACAAGCGCUUCGAGUGUACACAGAGCUGGUCGAGAAGUGCCGCAACGGGGCAGGGAGCAACGGAACUUCAGGAAAAAGUGAGGUUUGA